AUGCACAGCAUCAGUGGUCGCAUCCAGGGUACAGAGGAUGAAUGUUGGUGUGGGGGGGCACGGGGCAACUUGGCCACGAGGACCGUCUCCUCCUCCUCCUCCUCAUCACCAUCCCAGCACAAGACCACCAGCCCAGACACUGUUUGUUCUCAUCUGGACCGUUUUUAUUUGCACCGACCGGCUCUCAUCCAGCGGCGCGUGCGGCUGAAUGGAUCCCGCCGUGCUCAUCUUCCUGCUGUACGUGAUGAUCGCGCACGAGCUGGUCUGCGGCUGGAUGCAGUACCGGAGACAGAGCGCCAAGCCCCGAAGACGAGCAGCUGGACCUCUGCUGCGUUCAAGCGCCCAGGUGUGUCAGGGAGCCUGGAGUACAAGCAGCCAGUCUGUCAGGCCCGACAGAGGAGGGAGGGACCUGAGGAAGAGUGGCCGCAUCGUGAGGAAAGCCUGAUCAAGAGAGGAGCCAGAAAAGGAUACUUGUUGAAGAGUAACCUGAAUGGCAGCAAACCAGGCCGAGGUAACAGCAGCUGCGGAAGUAGCUCUCAGAGCGGCAGGCGAGUUAUGCAAAAAUGGCUCUGCUGUCUUUUCAAACACCCCAAAAGUGACUUUUGGGAGCCGAAUCCAGCAGAUGGUUCAACCUUUUUUCACUGUGCAUUGAGGCUCAAAUUCUUUUUGAGCUCUCUGUCUUAUAGUCCCAAUAAAAUCUGUCAAUACCUGUGGAUUAUGUGCCUCAAAAGUAAAGUUCUAUGCUUUUGAGCAGCACAAACACAAUUCCAUUCCCCUACAUUGUAUUGUUACGGACGUAGAGGUCUCAGAGGAAGAUAUCUCCACACUUCUGCACAUAAAGUGCUGAGUCAGAUACCUUUUUAUUCAGUAGAAAUGAAUUUGUUUUUUAUGAUUAAUGCAAACUAACCAUACUAACUGUGAUGUUGCACGGGAAGAAAAACAACGCCAUGCAAAGAAUGUUGUGCAACAAAUUUGUUGUUCGCUGGGAUUGUGGUUCUU